AUGGAAGAAGAUCUAAGAAAACAGGUUGAGGAUCGUCCUUAUCGUCAAUUACAGGCAUUGUCAAAAAGUUUACAGCUGCCAUGUAAUUUCAAGAAAAAAUAUCAAGUGGAAUUGAUAAUCGCAAGGAAAUCUGGCAGAGAGGACAAAGUAAAGGAAAUUAUUGAAAGUGUUAUGAAAGAAAGACACCACAAAAAAACACAGAAGAAAGUGCUUGCAGAAUAUAAACCAAUAAGAAAAAGGGCCUUAUCACCACCGAUCGGCACAACUCCCAAACAAGCGAAAAAUGUCUGUGGACAAAUUGAAAAGGCUGAUAUUCGAAGGAGCUUAAUAGACAAAUUUAAUGAAAAUGAACCUAAAAACAUGAUGUGCCUCCGUAGUUCCAGUUCAAAAACAUUAAGGCAAUACAAUACAAAAGAAAUAGUUGGAGCUAACAAUGAUACUCUAUUGAGAAGACAUUCUAUACAACGACGUCUAAGUGCUACCUCUAUUAUUUUAAGAAAUAAUAAUAUUAAUUCUUUCUUAAAUAAGCAAGCCUCCUCACAAACAUCGCAACAAAUGCGCGAAUCAAACCGAUGCGAACUACUCAGAAUAACUCCAAAGAUACCGAAGAAUAUAGAAAAAGCGACGGUUCAUUUCCUCAAUGAUGAUGGGACAUUAUCACCAAUUAAAGCUUUCAUUCAAAAUCCACUACUUUCAAAUCCAACGUCUAAAGAGAAAGACUUACUGGACCUCUUGAAUGGUAUCGACAUUGCUGAUGUGUUAGGCACUGAUGAUAAUCAACUAUGUUGUCCAAAUGUUUCUGAUGACUCAGCAUAUUAUGGUGAUGGUGAGAGUCCUUUACAGCUGGACAGAAAUACCAACGAUGUAGAGAUAUUAGCGAUAGAAGGUAGCAACGGAAUGUCCAACACAACGGAUGUAAAUACAGAAAGCGUGAACAACGAUAUUUUAAACUUACCUAGAAUAUCUGAACCGUUUACCAACUUGAAUACAGCUCUGGACGUCGCACAAGGAAUGUAUGACGUUACACAAGGAUGCAGUAAGGAGAAGAGAUCAAAUGUUGCGCAUCCGUACCAGGUUGUGCGCGUAGUUGAAGGUUCACAAUAUGUUCUGGACUGUUGCUAUAAUUUAAAAGACAGCUAUGUACAAAGUACUCACACGCCGCCUUCAAAAUUAGCAAGUACCAAGUCUGUUUAUUCGUCAACAACAAUUGUUAGCGCAACGGAGCACGCUACAUCCGCAGAAAUGGUGCACAAUGCUUAUUCGACUGAAGAAGAACAGCUGCAAAAUUAUGCACAGCAUUUACAAUAUUUUCAGGAGACUCCAAAAGCUGUCCAAGCUUCAAACCAUAUCGAUUUGGUCUCAGACGAACCGGUUUUUGAAAUUGACGAAGCUUUGGAAUUCAUAAAUGAGGAUGGGAACCUGGAAAAGUUCAACUGCUUUCUCUGCGAUUGGGCUGGUCCCGAUGUUCUAUUUGAUUAUCAUAUUUACACGGAGCAUCCUCACAACAUUCAAAGGCCGGAAAAAACCGAUUGGAACAUAACAUUUACUUUGGGAAAUCUAGUCGAGAAAUCGCUCUGGUGCAAUCAAGUAAUUGACUACGACAAUAACAUGUAUAUUCUUAGCGUGAAAUAUGAAGAUCCAGAUUGCUUAAUGGCGACUCUGUCGUCGCCAUCUGCAGUCCAAAUACAGAAAACCGCAUCUAUAACCGUCUACAACAAAGUAACAGGCGAACCGCACAAUUGGCUAGGCGAGAUAAAGCCGACCCCGCCGUACUUGCCAUAUUCAAACAAUCUAAGCUGCCUAAAAUUGAGCCUCUCCAAGCUGAAUCUUUUGCCGAACAGCGCGAAUCUGAAGUUGAUUAAUCGCGAGCUCGUCUGCGAAACGACGAACAAGAUUGUCGUCGGUCAGCCGGAAUUGGACGAUGUUCACAUUAUUCUGUUCGUUAGGUUAUUAACGUAA